CGUGCGAGGCGUUGACCGCGGCGGCUCGUCUGUUGUGUAACCUUCACUCCGCGGCAUCGCCUCUGGACCUUGUCGGCGCCACACUGCAACGGCACUUCUGGCGCUGGGACAUCGACAGAAACAAAACGAUUCGCCGUUCGCGUUUGGGGGGGGGCAUGACAUCACAGUUAUGGACGCGGUUGCCUGUUUCCAAGUCUCGCUACGUUGCUUUGGCCUCACGCGGCGGCCACAGGUGGCGAUGCGUGUAUGUAACCUGGCAUUUGAAGGAACCCGCUGCAAGAGUGUAAGGAUCGCACCAGUUUGAACGGGACACUGAGAGAACAGCAGACAAUGUCACCUGUGGUGGGAUUUGUGGCUUCCGGAGAGGCUGUGCAGAGGGUGUUGCAAAUCGGAGGGUUGACACUGAAACACAGCAGGUCCAUUCACCACAGUCCCGUAUGGAGGAAUCCUCUCAUACCUAUGGUUGUGGAGCAGACGGGAAGAGGAGAACGAGCAUAUGACAUCUAUUCUCGCCUCCUGAGGGAGAGAAUCAUCUGUGUAAUGGGUCCUAUUGAUGAUACUGUAGCCAGUCUGGUUAUUGCCCAGCUGCUCUUCCUACAGUCAGAAAGCAACAACAAACCGAUACACAUGUACAUCAACAGUCCAGGCGGUGUGGUAACAGCAGGCCUGGCCAUCUAUGACACCAUGCAGUACAUCCUCAAUCCCAUCUCCACUUGGUGUGUCGGCCAGGCUGCCAGCAUGGGCAGCCUGCUCCUGGCUGCGGGGACGAUGGGGAUGAGGCAUUCACUGCCCAAUGCCCGUAUCAUGGUUCACCAGCCUUCAGGAGGCGCCAGGGGUCAGGCAACAGAUAUCGCCAUCCAGGCCGAGGAGAUCAUGAAACUGAAGAGACAGAUCAAUCAAAUCUAUUCCAAACAUACUGGGCAGCUGCUGGAAACCAUCGAGGGUGUGAUGGAAAGGGAUCGCUACAUGAGUCCCAUGGAGGCGCAGGACUUUGGUAUAAUAGACCGGGUCCUGGUCCACCCGCCCCAGGCAGGCCAGGAUGAGCCGGAGCUCGUGCAGAAAGAGCCAGCGGCGGCGGCGGCAGCAGCAGCAGCAGCAACCAGCUCCUCUCCAGCAUCAGAGUCUCCAGGUCCUGAGCAAGCAGCCCCAGGGACAAACCCUCCCUCUUCACACAAACCUGAGCCAUGAACCACCACGGCAGAGCUGUCUCAGUUCUGUUAGUACUUCUUCAGGACUCAGUGCCUGACAGCUGCUGACAGCAAGGCCCAUCCUCCAUGGUUGUCUUAGGAGCUACUCUCUUCCCCCUCAGUAACAACGCUAUGCAGUCUACACAUGUAGAGGCACCAUGUUGGCUUCAUGCAGUGACUAGGAGCUGAUCUACUUGUACAUUAAGUGAAUUCAUUAGAUACAGUUUUAAAUUAUUUGAGAUGUUGGUAACUGAGGAAAUUAGUCAUUUAAAUUUUUGGACUCCAUACACAGGAGGGAAAGUAAGAAAGUUAAUGGAUAUUGUCUACACUGCUUUUUUUCUUUUGAGCCAUCUUGUUCUGUUCCUCCUUGCUGCAGAGGUGUCCACUGAAGAGUGCUGUGGACCUUGUAUUUGAAUACUCAUAUUUGUAAUAAAUGAUAAUUUUGACCACA